CCUUCUCCUCAACCACAUUGCCCCUCCACAAAUCUUUCAUUACUCCCUUCACUCUCCAUAACAAGAUUCCACAUACAAGUUCCAUCUAUCACCAUCAACUCAAUCCAUUUAAAUCAUCAAAGCUUUCUACUUUUGGUUUCAAAAGAUAUUGUCCUAGAAAACAAUCACCAUUGUUGCCAUUAUUGGCGUCUAAAGGAUCAAAUGAUGGAGAUAACAAAGCCAUGGAGACAGUUCUCAGAUUUUAUGAAGCAAUUAAGAACAAGAAACUUAAUGAAGUGUCUGAGAUCAUUGAACAUGAUUGUCUUUGCAUAUGUAGUUUUAUCUCCACUUUCCAAACCUUUCGUGGAAAGAAGCAAGUGAUGGAUUUCUUCUCUUCUUUGAUGAGUAACUUAGGACAAAAGUUCGAGUUCGUGGUACAACCCACGAUGCAUGAUGGAAUGACUGUUGGAGUUUCUUGGAAACUAGAAUGUUGCAAGACACAUAAACCUUUAGGAAAGGGUUUUAGUCUCCAUAUGUGUCAUAUGUAUCAAGGGAAGGUGCUUAUAAGGAACGUAGAGAUGUUUUUGGAGCCACUUUCAUAUAUUGAUCCCCCGGCAUUGAAAAUGGUGGGAUUUAUUGCAAGCAUCAUGGGACAAAUGGCUUCAAAUGCAAUCUUCAAGGGUGACAACAAAAAGGCUGUUUAUUCUAUAUGCAUCGUAGUAGCUUUUGUUAUACUCUUCAUUGUUCUAAGGCUUUAUAGGAGUUAAGAUUCAUAAUUAUUAGGCAACA